AUGUCUUACACCCCCAUCGACUUUCAUUUUGGUCACGAUGGUACCGAUUUGGGUGUCCAUCCAGACAACAACGUCGCCGGGCCUGGUCGACCUGAGAGUUCUCACUCUCACAAUAUCACAGCAAGCCCAAUUGGCUCUAAUUGGAUAAGCUCUGGAUCAAGAGAGAUUGGGCGUGAAAAUAUGAUCGCGCCUACUGUCUUCAGUGCUGGUUCUCAUGGAAGCGCAACUAUUGUUGCGGAUCGCUGGAGUGAUUCUUCUCGUACAUCCAACAAGAAGAACCUGAAGAGCCCUGCUGUCCAUGAAGUGUCUCUGCAGGAUGGUGAGAGUGGAUCUGUGUCAUCUGGCAGCUCGAAGCACCUCAGGGGCGGUUCUUGGACCGUCGAGAUCAUUUCCUUCACUAUUGCUUUGCUUGCUCUGGCUGCCAUCAUUGGUGUACUUGCGCACUACAAUGGAAAAUCGAUGCCGAGCUGGCCUACUGGUAUAACACUUAACACGCUGAUAGCGCUCCUAACAGCAAUUGCCAACGCCGCUCUUGCCAGUCCACUGCAGCAGGGCUUGUCUCAACUCAAAUGGAUCAAUUUCAAGCGCGAAAGUCGACCACUUACCGACAUGGAGGCAUUUGAUGACGCUAGUCGAGGGAUCUGGGGUUCGAUCAAACUGCUUGUGAUGGGACGCGGCGGCGUACUUGGUUCUUUCGGCGCCGUUAUUGUUAUUCUAGCACUGGCCAUGUCACCUUUUGCUCAACAAAUCGUGGUUUAUCGCGCCAGGGAAGAUGUCGCCAUAAGCAAUCCUCACUCCUCCAUCAACACCGCUCUCAACUAUACCUGGGUUCUUCCGGGAGACCCUUCUAGCCAAUCACCUCAAUUCGUUCCUAUUCUUCCUAUGAAAGCCGCAGUCUGGGGCGGUCUCUUCGCGGCUGACAUCAAUCCGGUGCCUCCUUACGAUUGCCCAACAGGUAACUGCACUUGGCCUGAUUUCUCGACGUUAGCGGUAUGCAGUUCGUGCGUCUCGAUGACAGAAUAUAUGGAAAAAGACUGCCAAAGCAAUGACAAUGGCAAUUCUUCAGGCUGUGGAUGGUCACUACCAAAUGGUGCUAAACUGAAUGGUUCAAGCUCUGUUUUUAGCAUGACUCCAACGAUACCAUCAGUCAAUGGAGACCUGAGCUAUGCUACCAUCAUGAAACUCACGUUCAUGGGAACGGAAGCACAGAACAAGGAAACCACUACUCAAUUUACCGGCUCUGGGAUUGUGCAGCCAUGGGCUCAGCAGUGUACCCUGCAAUACUGUGUUCAAGAUAUGCAUACCUACGUGAUCGACGGUCAGCUUGGGCAAAACGUGACAGCCACGUACUACAACACAUCUGUAGUGUCCAUCAACGAGACGCUCCAAGCUGGUAAUGAUACUCCGCUAUACAUCACCUCGAAACUGCACAAUGAAACCUUCAAUGUGGGCGGCUCUGUGAUGCUCGGCAUCCAACAGUGGUUUGCGGACCUUUUUACGACUGGCUCGGCAACAAGAGAGGACAUUUCAAAGACAGAAAGCAACAUCGUCGUGAAUCUGACUGUGGGCGUCAGCUCUGGAAUGACGAGCUUCACCUCCGAUGUCGUGCAAGGUUUCUACUGGUUCUACUACGAGUAUCCGACCGGUCUGCCAGACCUCAAUGAAGGCCUCGCGAAGACGAUGACAAAUGCGAUUCGAGCAAGCGGUGGUGGUGUUCCCGUUCUCGGCACUGCUUAUGAGAUGAGCACCUAUGUACACAUUCGGUGGGGCUGGAUCACGCUUCCAGCCAUCGUGGUUCUCAUGACUGGGACUUUUCUGGCCGCGGCCAUGCUUAGAAGUCGGUCUACGAGGACGAAACUGUGGAAGAGUAGUGCUUUGGCAAUGUUGUUCCAUGGUCUUGAUGGUGAUUCGAGGAAGACGGCGCUCAACUCAGAUAGUCUGAGGAAGGUUAAGGUCAGACUCGACGAUGAUGAGAAUAGCUCGCAUGGCGAAGGUGGUCGGCUGUUGAGGAUAUGA